AUAAAUUUUUUUUUUAUCUUUACAAGCGUAUUAAUAUAUGAUGUGAAGAGGCCUUGGUCAAAUUGCUUGUCAUCGUUGCACCUGUGGUAAUACUUUCUUUCGUCGAAUGUUUUGAGACUUAACCAAAAUGACUGGACGGGCGCGAGCUCGAUCAAGAGGCCGAGCACGCGGUCAAGAGACUGCGGUCCCGGGAGCGAGCCAUGCUCGAGGAGAGCCCGAACCACCCGCUCCCCCACCUGCAGAGGGAGAGCUUGUUGGUAGAGGGAGACAGAAAAGUGCUCCAGUACCCUUUUCUGCAGACGCUGUUCUACAGAUUUCAGCUGGAUUUCAGCAGGUGAAGCUUGGCGAAAGAGGCGGACGGCGACGUGAUUUCAACGAUGUAGGGAUCAACACAAGGCGUGCUAUGGAGCAUGUCAAGGAUUCAAAGUUGGGAACAUCCGGUUCUCCGAUUCGGUUGACAGCCAACUUCUUUCGCAUCUUGUCCCGUCCUGAGUGGGUGCUGUAUCAGUACCACGUGGACUUCAAUCCACCGAUGGAGGCUCGUCGUCUGAGAUCCGCCCUCCUCUACCACCACGAGGAUGUUCUUGGCCCCGCACGGAGCUUUGAUGGAGCUUUGCUUUUUUUACCAAAGAGAUUGGCCCAAAAGGAGACAGUGCUCCACAGCGAAACAAGGAAUGGAGAGAAAGUUCAGAUAACUGUCACCAUGACGAAUGAACUCCCGCCCACAUCCCCAGUGUGCAUUCAGUUUUACAACAUUCUGUUCAGAAGGAUCUUGGGGAUUCUCGACAUGCAGCAGAUUGGACGCAACUACUACAACCCCAAGGAUCCACUCGACAUCCCAAAACACAGCCUGACCAUCUGGCCGGGCUUCACCACCACCAUUUUGAGGUACGAGACCUCCAUCAUGCUGUGCACUGACGUGAGCCACAAGGUGCUGCGUAGUGAGACAGUCCUCGACUUUAUGGCCAACCUGAGGCAGAAGUGUGGAGGUGAACGCUUCCCUGAGAUCUGUGCUAAGGAGCUCAUUGGACUCAUAGUCCUCACCAAGUACAACAAUAAGACCUACAAGAUUGAUGAUAUUGCGUGGGAUCACACUCCAAACAACACAUUCACGAGGGGAGACAAGGACAUUUCUUUCAAGAACUACUACAAGACGCAAUAUAACCUGGACAUCGUCGAUGGCAACCAGGUGCUGCUGGUCAGCCAUGUGAAGAAGUUGGGUCCCGCUGGAGUUGCGCCUCCUGGCCCCGCCAUGCUGAUCCCAGAGCUGUGCUACCUAACAGGCUUGACUGACAAGAUGCGAACGGACUUCAACAUCAUGCGGGACUUGAGCGCCCACACUAGAUUGGAUCCAAUGGCGAGGGAGGGGCGCCUCAACAGAUUUGUCAGUACUAUUCAGGGGAAUCCUGACGCACAAGCAGAGAUGGAUAAAUGGGGACUCUCCUUUGAUAAGCAACUCAUAAAUCUGAAAGGCAGAGUCCUUCCACCAGAGAGGCUUUUCCAGGGAUCAAGAUCGUACGACUACAGGCCCACCGAUGCUGACUGGUCCAGAGAGAUGCGUGGCUUGCCUCUGAUCAGCUCUCCUCCGCUGGAGAACUGGCUGUUGUUGACCACCCGUCGCACCAGCACUGAAGCCCAGUCCCUCCUGCAGACCCUCGGCAAGGUCUCCGGUCCACUCAACAUCCGGAUGCAGAGACCCGUCAUGAUUGAGUACGAGGAUCAUCAAGAAUCUCUACUCAGAGCCCUGCAGAACAAUGUUGGACCCCAAACACAGAUGGUGGUGGUGGUCCUCCCCAGCAACAGGAAGGACAAGUAUGACAGUGUCAAGAAGUUCCUUUGUGUGGACUGCCCCACUCCCAGCCAGUGUGUGGUUUCCCGUACCCUCAGCAAACCGUCCGCACUCAUGACUGUGGCAACCAAGAUUGCUCUUCAGAUGGCCUGCAAGAUGGGAGGAGAGCUCUGGAGUGUGGAAAUCCCUCUCAAACAGCUGAUGAUUGUGGGCAUUGACUGCUACCAUGACACCAUUGCUGGGAAGAGGUCUAUUGGAGCUCUGGUUGCCAGCCUCAAUCAGGGCAUGACCAGGUGGUUCUCAAAGUGUGUGUUGCAGCACAGAGGCCAGGAAAUAAUGGAUGGACUGAAGAUGGCUUUAUGUGCUGCACUGAAGGACUACCUGAAGUUCAACAACUCCCUGCCUUCACGCAUCAUAGUGUACAGAGAUGGUGUGGGAGACGGCCAGCUGCACAGCGUGGUCAACUACGAGGUUGCACAGAUCAUCGAAUCCAUCAAGUCCAUGGGGCACGACUACAUGCCCAAGCUGAGUGUGGUUGUGGUGAAGAAGCGCAUUAACAGUAGGUUUUUUGCCCAAAUGUCUGGGAAGGUGUCCAACCCUCCCCCGGGCACCGUUGUGGACUCAGAGGUCACCCGUCCAGAGUGGUACGACUUCUACAUAGUGAGCCAGGCUGUGCGCUGUGGAAGUGUCUCCCCAACCCACUACAACGUUGUGUACGACACUAGUGGGCUGAAGCCUGAUCACAUGCAGCGGCUGACCUACAAGCUGUGCCACAUGUACUACAACUGGCAGGGGAUCGUCAGAGUGCCCGCUCCCUGCCAGUAUGCCCACAAGCUGGCUUUUCUUGUGGGUCAAAGCAUCCACAGAGAGCCCCAUGUGAAGCUGGAUGACCUCCUCUUUUACCUAUAAGGAUGGAGCUUUUUUGGGGGGGGGGGCCUGUUCAGCAUGCCCUUGUUGCCAUGUUAAAACCUUAUGUUGUGUUGCACUAGCCAAAGCUGAGUUGUUGUUUAUUUUUUAUUUUUUUUAAACAAAAUGUUAUAGCCUUGUGUAUGGAGUUAUGCAAUUUGGGAGGUUGGUGUGUUUUUUUGUUAACAAUUGCAAGGCCCCUGGCAAGUUGUAGGUUCUUGUUAAUGUGGGGCGUAAAAGCAGGCUCAAGUGUCACAUUUAGUUACUAACUGGGUCAACAUCUGGGUAUUAUUUAUGUUGCAGUCAUUUAAGCAUCUGUGUUGUCAUUUGACCUUAAAUCACAAAUGCAAACAUUAAAAAAUAUCAAAUUUA